UAGCAGCGGCCCACGGAGAGCUUCGCAGAUCGAGACACGGCGGACUCCAUUGCUGUCCCGAGUGCGUUUCUCGUCGGACUUGGUGUUCCCCGUUGUUGCGGUGCGUCUGGUUCGCGCUCGUGCACGCCGAGGAAGUUUGACUCCCCUCCGAACGGCGAGCCAUUUAUAUUGUUAUCUCGACGAACGAGCGAGCGGGCGAUCGACCAACCAACCAACCAAUCAAUCAACCAACAAACAAACCAACCAGCCAGCCAGCCAGACAGACAGCCAACCCAACCGACCGAUCGACCGACGUACCGGAGGUUGUGAUUGAAUACACUCUUGUUGUCUCCAGUGUGCGAGGAGUAAACGCGUGUGUUGAACGCGAGCCGAGCCUUCUCGUGCGCGGGACGUGAAAAGAGAGAAGGGCCACAAUGGCUGAUCAACUCACAGAAGAACAAAUCGCAGAAUUUAAGGAGGCGUUCUCGCUAUUCGAUAAAGAUGGCGAUGGUACUAUAACCACCAAAGAGCUGGGCACCGUCAUGCGGUCCCUUGGUCAAAAUCCCACAGAAGCCGAGCUACAAGAUAUGAUUAAUGAAGUAGACGCAGAUGGUAAUGGCACAAUUGACUUCCCCGAGUUCUUGACCAUGAUGGCGCGUAAAAUGAAGGACACGGAUAGCGAGGAGGAGAUUAGAGAGGCCUUCAGAGUGUUCGAUAAGGAUGGAAAUGGUUUCAUAUCCGCGGCGGAACUUAGACACGUCAUGACAAAUCUGGGCGAGAAACUCACUGAUGAGGAAGUAGAUGAAAUGAUACGGGAGGCCGAUAUCGACGGUGACGGCCAAGUUAAUUAUGAAGAAUUCGUCACAAUGAUGACAUCAAAGUGAAUGCAACCUGUGUAACGGAAGAACUCGCGACUCGGAGUGGUGUUGACGUAUUAAAUAAAUCAAGAAACAGAAAAAACAUAUGUAAAACAAAACGAGAAUCAAGCAGAAAGUGAUCUUGUAUCAGGAUACGAAGAUGUCUAAAAGCGCGAAGAGUCAACGUCCGAUACCGCGUAAAAAAAUCAUCGUUUAACGAUAAGUAAUACAGGGCAAUUAAUUGUUUAAUUAAAGAGUUAUACCUCUAAAAAUCAUUAUCUCUUAAAACACAAAUAUUUGCGUGUGUACAUGUACACACACACAACACACACAUGACACACACACGCACACACACACACACACACACACACACGCACACACACAAAACAGUAACUCGUCACACCCGAUACAUAUAUGAACGCAACACGCUCGAAGAGUAUACACGUACAUACAUAUACAUACACAUUCACUCGGAUGUCUUAUUUCCAUUGGAUAAAACAAGUUUGGAAGUGAGAUAACGCGAAGACACCACAAUUGCGCGCGCAUGUGCACCAACGACAAAGAAAACAAAAAAGUGCAUUUUCCACUUUCCUCUCUUUCUCGACUGCCCCCUUGCCCUUUCCUUUCCUCUUGUCGCGUCCUUCAGCACCAUCUCGUCUCUCCCCUUUUUUCUCCGCCUUUCCCUCUGUUAUCCUUCAUUUCCUUGGAAGUUUUUUCAUAAGAAAGGCAUGUCGAAGAAUUGUAAUUUCUUUUUACAAAGGGAGAGGAAACGUGUGUGUUAAGGGACAAAGUAUAAAUCCGAUGUAAGAUAAUAUUAAAAAGCAGCAAAGGUUUAUUUGCCAAUCGAGAGAGAGAGAUUCAUCUCGAGAAUAUUCCUUCGUUCAUUUUUUUAAUAAAUGAGAUACGUGUAUAGUGAAUGAUGACAUUAGGAUAUGUAGCUGCUAAAUAGAUGAUGAUGUCUCUACCGUUACAAUGCAUGCACAUGUACAAAUGUUUGUUUGUCUCUGUGAGAGAGAAUUCGGCCUGGACCGAUCGUUUUCCAGACAAAGAGAGAAAGAGAGAGAGAGAGAAAGAAAGAGAUAGAGUAUAAAUACGAUGCGCUUCGGCCUCUGGGUUAUUGAUGACGAUUUUAAAAAUGCAAAAGCUGUGCUGGACCCCUCGAUGCCUCACAAACGAGUAAUUUAAUUUAUAUAAGUAACGAGCGAGAAAAUUUCUAAAAAAAUGAGCGAGAUGAAUUAGAGGAAAGACAGAAUCAGAAGAGGAGCUUCGAGGAGCUCAGACCUAGUGUUUUCGCGCGCGUCGUGUCUCGCGAGACGGGACGUGGUCUUGUAUACAUACCAACGUGGACGACGAGUCGCGACGCGAUCGUUGGGAAGCUCCAGGAUCCGAAGUCUCGACAUUCCUAUUUGAAAAAAAAAAAAGAAAAAAGUCUCUUCCUUACGCUUUCAACAUCAUCCAGCGCCUCUCGUGCUCGUGCACACGGAACUCACAUGUACACGUACGUUUUACGAUAUACUUACGCGAGAAACUAUACACGAAAGAUUACACACAGAGCAAAAGAAAAAAAAAGAGAAACACUAUAAUAUUAUAUUCACGAAGUGCGUUUUGCCUCCAGUUCCAUUUUAAUCUCCUAUAUUUGUAACUUGCCUUCCACUCUAAGGAAAGCCUUACAUACAUGCGCGCAAAAAGAUAUUAGAAAAAAGCGAAAAAAAAAAGAAGAAACAACGUCGACACCACUUUUGUUGAUAUGUAAAUCUAUGGAGAAAUAAAAUAGGGAUGGGGGAUUAAAAGAAGUAAAGGGCCACAGUGAGAUCGGUGCAUUACUUUUCUUCGCCCAGGGGUGCGUGCCAGUCUCGUGAAAAAACGGAGCCAACCAGACCGGAGAAACUGGUGUGAUUUUUGUGCGAUCCGUACAAUAUAAUGUUACUUAAGAACUCGAGAGCAAAGAACGUAAAUGCCGUACAGCAUAAAAACAUCAUGCGCGUCGGUGGUUCAGUCAUAAUAUAUAUGUAAUAUAUAUAAAUAUAUAUAAAAUAAUUUACGAAGAAAUUAAGACAAAAAAAAGAUGAAAGAGAUAAUUCCUCCACAGUCUUUUAUUAUUUAAUAUUAAAGUGAACAAAAAAUGAGAAGUACUUGUAUUUCUGGUGACCUAGAUCGCAUUGAUCAUUAAACGAAAAAUAAGCAAAAAAAAAAGAUAAAAAAGUAAAAAAGACAAAAUAAAUGUAUCCUCAUUUUUAGGUCACAGCUACUCGAUUCGUUUCCUUCAUUACUAAUGGACCUCUCGUUUCAGCAAAUCAUCUCUUUUUUGUGUUCGAUGGCAUCUAGAUACUUUGCUAUGAGAAUAUAUUUCAUUGUGUCUCUGUGAACAGGAUCCACUUUACAUAUCUCUGACUUUUCUCGCUACCCUUGAAAAAACUUUUUGAGAAGAAUAGAUAUAGGUUACAAGAAAGUACGGUAUUAAUUGUAAUUAGGAAAUCUCGCUCCCCGUUUAAACACCCGAAAAAAAUAGGGGGAGGGAAAAAGAAGCACACACACAUUGGGUCUAUUUGUGAAACUGUGGUUAUUCUGUGUCCGAGGUAUAUUUCCACACACUUACACUUUAUUAAGAAUGAGAAAGAUUGUCAACAACACACUCGUUUUUGUAAAAGUGGUCGUAUUAGUAUUCGACAGGCAUCUGUAUCUAAAUGCUUCCAAAUCCGCUUCGUUUCAUCGAACACCGAUACCUAGUGAUUAAGUCUCUUACGUUACAAAGACUCUAUUCCAGUAUUUAAUAUAAUAGUAAUUUUAUAUCCGUAUCGCAAAAUCUAUUUAUUGAAAGAAUUUUCGCGCGCCGAGAAGAUAGAUAGAGAGCGAGAGCGAGCGAGAGAGAGAGAGAGAUAGAGAGAAAGAAAAGAGUGGCGCAUGGAAGCUCUUGUUGUGAACGUUAACAUCGAGGCAAUGCCAAAUCUUUACCGAAUAAUAUUGAAGCGUUAGCUCUUCUAAUAUUUAAUUUUAGCGUCCCCUCGAUCUUUGUUAUUGAAAUACACGUUGUUGUUCUUAAAAAAAAAAAA